AUGACUCCUCUGGUGUUUGCUGGCUGUGUGACAUGUCUGCUCCUGGGAACAGUGGCUUAUUCUAUGGCUCCAUCUGCAUCUUUACAUUUGAAAUCAGUUCUUGUUGGACAGGAAGUGACUUUAAAAUGUCUCAGUGAUAACAGUCUAACCGUGGUCUUAAAAUGGUACAAACAAACUUCAGGACAGAAACCACAACUCAUGUCUAAUUUCAUUAGACACGAGAGUGAAGGAACUUUGGAAGAUAACUUUCGGAAUGAUCCGAGGUUCCAGCUGGAGAGUGGUGCUGGUAAAAACCACCUGAAGAUCUCAAAUGCACAGACAUCAGACUCCGCUACUUACUUCUGUGUUGGUGGAUAUUCAUAUGUUUAUGAAUUUUUUGAGGCAUACAGUGUGCAUGUGGGGGACUCUUCUUCUUACAUCCAGACUUCUGUGGAUCAGUCGUCCUCUGAGAACAUCCAUGCAGGAGACUCUGUGACUCUGAACUGUACAGUACACACUGGGAGCUGUGAUGGAGAACACAGAGUUUACUGGUUCAAAGACUCUGAAGACUCUCAUCCGGGACUCAUUUACACUGAUAGAGGCAGGAAGGAUCAGUGUGAGAGAAAGAAGAACACACAAACACACAGUUGUGUCUACAAUCUGCACAUGAAGAAUCUGACUGAGUCUCAUUCUGGGAUCUACUACUGUGCUGUUGUCUCAUGUGGACAUAUACUGUUUGGAAACGGAACCAAACUGGACCUCACAGUUGGUCAGCCAAACUCUUGGUUGGUGUUUUUCUUAACAGGAUCUUUGACCUUAAUGAGCGUCCUUGUUAUUUUUCUGGCUUACAAGAUUAAGAAACAAAAUUGUUGCCCGUCUAAAGAAGAAAGCUCCACAACUUCCUGUACCCCACACACAGAGGCUGAGAACAAAGACGCGGAAAGCCUCCAUUACGCUGCUGUUAAUGUUAAGAGGUCCAACAGAUCCAGAAGACAGAAGAACAACUCCAACACAGAAUGUGUUUAUGCGAGUGUAAGACAAUAGAACUGAACCUAUUUUACAAUGAAUUAGCUGAAGUAAACUUGUACUAUAUUUUCCAAACUAUAAGGAACACUUAAAAGCCUUAAUUUUUUUAGGGUAAAAUUGCUAAAUUAAAAAUGUAUUAUAAUCUUUUACACGGGGAUUAAUUGUGGUUGUACAAAUUUAUGUUACAAUCAUUUUGCAGUAUGCAAAACGACAUGGCGAUCUGUCGAAAGUGUUUUUAAUGAGUUCCAAACAAGGCUUUGUAUUACUUCAGAUAUGCAAACUGCUAAACUAGCGGUAUCAAUUAGUUUUUUUGUGUAUGUUUCAGGUAUUGUUACUGCACUAAUGCAGCUAAUGUGUAGCAUGUUACAAAGAAGUUCUAGAAUUGUGAACAGUUAAAGUCUGACUGACUGAGGGACUCAUCUCUGACUCUUUUGUAUUGCUAUAUGUGUAUUAUAGUUUAGUGUGCCUUUUCAAUGUCAUAAGUCCAAAAAAUAGAUCAUUCAUUGACAGUUGCCUUAAAAUAAUGCGGAAAAUAUGGUGCUAAACUUUUGUAUUUUUUUCAUUUUUUUUUUUUCAUAGAUACUCUUUUUUUAUCUUUUCCCUAACCCUUAAGUUUUUUACUUUUUGCUGUCAUGAACUCUGGAGACUCAGAUGUAUUUUAUAUGAAAUUCAUGUAUUUUUUUUGAAGUAGAAUUCUUGACAUGCAGAAAAUGUGUGCAUGUCAUAAAUUUAUGGUUUGUUUUGAAUUAUAGUAUUUAACUCAGAAUAAAUAUUAAAUUCAUAUGUGUCUUUCUGUCUGCAAGCAUUCAAUACACCCUUUGUGAGCCACAAUAUAAACGUUGUUUUUCUUCUUAUUUUUUUUAUUGGAUAGUGUGUAAUGAACAAGGAUAUGAACAUAUCCAGAAAGUGAUCAUAUGCUUUACCUACAUCUAUUUGUUCAUAUAUUGAGUUCCAGUUCUGUAAAUACAGACUGUUCUUAAAUGCACUUCCUCCCUUUUUACUCUUAUAUUUAUAUGUAAAUGUGUGUAUGUGUGUGUGUUAAUUAAAUGAAAUGUGCUGAUCAAAAACUGUCAAAAGAAUAUAUGUGAAAGUAGACGGCUGAGCUGUCUCAUUUUAAUUAUAAUUCACGUGAGCACCUGGUUCCAGCCAAUUAUGUAGGCUACCAGGUAUGUAUUUAAGGGUCACACACAGGUGAAUUGUGCGUGACGCAUUGCUGUGGUAGUGAAUGUGCAAAUCACACCAUGUGCGCUUGAAUCGUUUGUCAGGUGUCUUCGUAAGCGGCAUUGAUGCAGCCUGUGUUAACCCAUGGUUUGCAAAUUUUGCUGCGUUAAAGCACGCUUUGCCAUCUUGCACUGGAUCUUGUCAGUGAUUGACUCCACCCCCUGGCUAAAAGCUGCUGCUUUGCAUGGAUCUUUUAUUCUGGUGUUAAUGUUUAAUAAUAUCUUCUUGUGCCAAAGACCUGAUCUAAUUUUGUCAUUCACCAGAUUGGUCUAUA